AAUACAGUAAAGUUGAAUAAAAACAGAAUGAAUGUGACUGAAUUCAUUCUAAUGGGGCUGAUGCAGAAUUCUGAGAUGCAGGAAAUUCUGUUUUUCGUGUUACUCAUCACCUACAUUGUCACUGUUGCAGGAAACCUGCUCAUUGUCACCACUAUAAUCUGCAGUCACACUUUGGACUCGCCAAUGUAUUUUUUCCUGGCUUUCUUAUCUCUGAUAGAUGCAUGCUAUUCUUCUUCCAUAAUCCCUAAAAUGCUAGUGGAUUUGCAUUCAGACACAAAAGCUGUCUCAUUCAAUGUUUGCAUGAUGCAGCUUUUUCUGGAACAUUUCUUGGGAGGUUCAGAGACUGUCCUCCUCGUGGUCAUGGCCUAUGACCGUUACGUGGCCAUCUGUAGACCUCUGCACUAUGUGACCCUGAUGAGCCACAGCAAGUGCCGUGUCCUGGUGGGGGUGUGCUGGGCAGUGGGCUUUCUCCAUUCCUUCGGGCAGAUUCUAGUCACUUUCUGGCUCCCAUUCUGUGGCCCCAACAGGAUAGACCAUUUCAUGUGUGACAUCUUCCCCCUGAUACAACUGGCCUGCACCGACCAUUUCCUUCCUGGGCUCUUGGUUGCUGUCAAUGGUGGGGGGAUGGCUGUGAUCACCUUUGUCAUGUUGGUGCUGUCCUAUGUGCACCUCCUGCACUCUUUGAGGACUUACAGCUCCGCGAGGAGGAAAAUGGCCCUCUCCACCUGUGGCUCCCACAUCACAGUCGUCGUCUUGUUCUUUGUGCCCUGUAUUUUUAUGUAUCUGCGACCAGUAGCCACCUUUCAUAUGGAUAAAGCAGUAACUGUAUUCUAUACUCUUGUCACUCCCCUGUUAAAUCCUGUUAUCUACACAGUAAGGAAUGCAGAGGUAAAAAAUGCCAUUAGAAUGUUAUUGAACAGGAACACAAUUUUAGAUAGUAAAUAAUCUCAUAGGAAAAUUUUGUUUAUUUGUUUCAUGAUCUUUUGCAUCCUUGGGCCCUAAAUUCCCAGAUCCUUCAAUGGACAAAUGUUACUGAACCUAGAUAUCACU